AUGUCUGAGGUUGUAUUUGCUGCACUGUGUAUCAAAGUGGGAACUUCUAAGCAGGUGAUAUUAAGAAGAGAUGUGGUAGACAUUAAUGAAGUAUUUAGGAAUCAAGUAUCAGCAAAGAUUGGUAUCAAAAUGCUGUUUAGUGGAAGUUUUAGGGAAGGAUUCAGACUUGAAGGAUCAGAUGUGGACCUCAUGGUAUGGAGAACCAAAAUUCUUGUUAUCCAGAACUUAGGUGAGGAUUGUUAUUGUUCAGAUGUAGAGUUUCCCCUUCUGUGUGACUGUUCAGAGAGUCCUCCUGGAUACACUUUACUUAAGUGGAUGUUACCCAGAAAUAUGGCAAGGCUUUUAAGACAACCCAAAUCCCCUUCAUUUCAGUUUAUAAUUGAUGUACUCCCUCCAGACUUGUUCAUUAUGAAUGAUAGCAUUUAUAUAUCCAGUUCAAAAUGGAGACGAUUGAUGCUUCCUGAUACACUGAUUACUGAACAUGGGCCCUGUGUAAUGAGAUACCAUAACGGCAAAGAAUAUGAGAUUGCCUACUGUAUUCAGUCCAACUUUUGGCCUCCCUCUGCUUCUUCGUGGAUAGAUAGAUGUCAUGUUUGGCCCCCGCCACAUAUUGCCCAUGAUAUAGUUGGAAAUGGAUGUCACUUUGUAGCUAUUGGACACAAACUAGGAAUUCAUAAAGACAACGAAUGGAGGAUAUCUUUUUCUCAAGCAGAACAAAAACUUGUGUACUCCAUGAACCACUCUCAAUUCUUAAUUUACGGGUUGCUUAAGAUUUUCCUCAAAGAAGUAAUAAAUCAUGAAGUUGAUGCUCAAGAUAAAUUGCUAUGUUCCUAUCACAUGAAGACAUCAAUUUUCUGGGCGAUUCAAAAAAAUACAAUGCAUCACUGGUGUCCAAAAAAUCUACUGAAAUGUUUCUGGGUCUGCUUCAAACUUCUCCUUAAGUGGGUGUACGAGGGUGUCUGUCCUAAUUUUUUCAUUCCAGAAAACAAUAUGUUUCUGAGUAACAUUCAUGGCGAGGCACAACAAAAUUUAUUCCUCAGACUGCAUGAAUUGUAUGAGAAGGGAUUAGCAUGCCUACUUCACAGUCCCUCCAUCAGUCCCUUUCUUAUUAAGCUCCUCCGUCUUCCUAGAUCUCAUAGACAGUCUAUGAGUAUUGUUUAUAACAAUCUCUACACAAAUGAUACGAAUAACAGUUCGUUAGAUGCUGAACUUUUAAAAGCGAUAUCUGACAGCCUUUCUGUGGUUCUUUUGGAUCUACACUGCUGCAUUAGGUGUCUAUACACAAUUGAGCAUUUGAUAAGUUCAUCCCUGACAGAGUAUCAAGUUGUCUGGUUACAGAAAAAACAAGCAUAUUUCCUUCAAUUAACAGCUUUUGCACUACUCAACAGAUAUGCUAACAAAGGUGGAAACAAACUGUUGUAUACAGCUGACAAAAUAUCUUGUCAAAUGCUGAGAUUAGCAACCAAGUUUGGUUGUACGUUUGACCUGUUGUACAUAGUUAUGUACUAUUACCGGACAUCUAGAUACAAAGAAGCCCUGUCUAUCAUAGAAAAAUUAGAAAUUAAAUUAGCACAGCCAGACAUGAUAUAUAACAUUGCUAGUGUGCUUCUAGGAGGAGGAGAGUCUUUAAUUGCAAGAAUAAUUCAGGGUACCAUCGGUUUAAUAAGUGGCAUAUGUUACAUAAAGGAAUUAAUACCAGAACAAUCUGUAUUACAUACAGGUAGUACUCUGAAUAUAUCUCCAUUUCUCUUAUCUUACAUGCUAAAAAUUCUGUGCUCAAUUCAUACUGAUAGAAUAAAAGCACACAGAGCUCUCAAUGAUCUACGGGCCUUAGUCCACCUUGAUGACUUAUAUGUAUUCGAAUUACACUUACACAAAGACCUAUCAUGGCAGAUCCUAGGGAUAUGUCAACAGAUCACAGGGGACUUAGAAUCUGCACUGUUCUCAUACGAACAAUCUCUCAGACAAAGAAAAUACCAAUAUUAUGAAAUAAAAUUUGUCACACAAAUGAGAAUACAGGAUAUAAGGAGAACGAUGCGGUAUCGAUACAUGCCAUAA